UUGCUGGAGUUGAGGCAAGUCCAACGGUCGUCGAGGGCCCAGCCCGGUGCCACACAUGGCCGGGUCGCGACUGCUGCCUGAGGCUGCCACGCCUUAGUGGAAGCUUAGGCCCGUCGCCAAGCCCAGUAAUAAUGCUAAUAAUCCGGCGCGUCGGCGAGCAGAACUUCAGGACCUGCGAAGAAUCCUAGCUGGUUAUAGCCUCCUCACAACCACGCUCACGCUGUACAGGGCUAGGUUCCGGAAAUCGAUCUCUUGCUGAUUGUGGCGCGCAGUGAAUUGUCGCUAAGCAGUUUUCGACUGGCGUUUCGUGUGUAGCGACUCUCGACGAUCGUCUGGUUUGCAUAGAGCAGCUAACCUCGAACACAACUGAACCGAUCCUAAUCAUGUCCAACAAUAACCCGUUCUCGUUCGGCACGCCUGCCUCUAGUGGAGCGCCUUCUGGGGGUCUCUUCGGCUCGAACUCGCCUUUCGGGUCCAACCAAGCUGGGUCGAAUACUGGUGGCAGCUUGUUUGGAAAGGUGGGUGGUGGUGCAUCGAGUGGCACCUCAUCGCCGUCGCUUUUUGGCACUUCCAAUGCCGCCUCAGGACAGACACCUCUCUUCGGUGCGAAACCAAAUACAGGCAGUGGUGCCAGUACGCCAAGUUUCAGUUUCGGAAAUCAGAAUCAGAGCCAGAGCCAGAGCCAGAACACCUCAGCAGCUCCUUCAUCGACUCCUUUGUUUGGGUCGGCUCAAACUCCCAACAAAACCGCCGAGGCAUCAGCUCCAUCUCAGACACAAAGCACCGCUAGUGGAAUUUUCGGAUCGAAGCCUAGUGGUUUAUUCGGCUCCAAUACGUCUACUACACCCGCCCAGCAAAAAGGCGGCCCAUCUCUCUUCAGCACAACACCAGCCAACCCUCCUCCAGCUAGUACCUCUUCUGGGUCAGCCCCGUCGUUAUUCGGUGCACAGAAUACCCAAAAAACUGUCUUUGGCGGAACAAAUACACAACAGACCUCAGCAGCUCCUCCCGCAACGCAAUCUCCAGCCAGCAAUUUGUUUGGACAAGCGGCAAGCUCUGGCGCUUCGAAGCCAUUGUUCGGCGCUACACCCUCUACGACCCCCGCAAGUGGUGGAACCCCUUUUGGUGCCGCCAAUGCAAACCAAACCCCAGCUCCUGAUUCAAAGACUCCUGCAUCCGAAGCUGGCUCGAAGCCUCUAUUCGGAAAUGCGCCGGCAGCCACCUCCGCCACUACACAAGCGUCUGCUAGCCCAUUCAAGUUUCCAACUGCCGGCGGCGCCAACACACUAUUUUCUGCGGCCUCAUCACAACCUUCAACUACUGUAGCAUCCACGGCCACGCCUCAAAAGUCAAUGUUUAGUGGACUAGGAGGGACUUCUUCCACUACUCCUUCUUCAACACCGGCAGCUGCACCUUCUUUAUUCUCAGGAGUGAAUAAGCAAGCAGGUACAACAUCAAACAAUGCUCUAGCUCCAACCACUACAACGACAUCAGGGCCAACACAACCAGCUUCAGGUGGUGUGUUAUUCGGUGCCAACCUUGCUGCCACUUCUACCCCUGCUACAACUGCAAAGGCUGCCACAGCUGCUGCAACUACUGCACCUACAGCUACAACCACAACGGCUCCGGCUACAACAGUCCCCGCGGAUACUACCAAGGCGCCUGCUACCACGACGCCUAAUCUCGGAGCUUCUACACUUGGACCAGUGCCGCCUGCUCAAUCACGCUUGAAAAACAAGACCAUGGACGAGAUAAUCACUCGUUGGGCGACUGACUUGACCAAGUAUCAAAAGGAAUUCCGCCAGCAGGCGGAGAAGGUUGCAGACUGGGACCGAAUGCUUGUAGAGAACGGUGCCAAGGUUCAGAAGCUGUAUGGAAACACAGUUGAUGCGGAGCGGGCUACUCAGGAGGUGGAACGCCAGCUUGCUUCGGUAGAAGGACAACAGGAAGAGCUCAACUCAUGGCUAGACCGAUACGAACGAGAGGUGGACGAGAUGCUUUCUAAGCAGGUUGGACCAGGCGAGACGCUUCAAGGGCCUGACCAAGAGCGUGAGAGAACCUACAAACUUGCCGAAAAACUAUCAGAGCGGCUGGACGAGAUGGGCAAGGAUCUUGGCAGCAUGAUUGAGGAGGUCAACAGCGCCUCAUCUACCCUGAGCAAGACGAACAAGGCAGACGAACCGAUCUCCCAGAUAGUGCGCAUUCUGAACUCGCACUUGUCACAGCUCCAAACCAUUGACCAGGGUACUGCGGAGCUCCAAGCCAAAGUCAACGCCGCACAAAAAGCAGGACAGUCGUUGGGAAGUCGACUGGGUGGAUACGGACAGAAUGGACAUAAUAUGGGCUUGGGCGGGAACGCCGUUGACGACUUUUAUCGGUCUUAUAUGGGACGUAGAUGAUCUAUCUUCAGCAUUUGGGAUACGAUAGUUCUAGCCGACUUUGACGGGUUUCUUGUUUGCUUUGUUGGGAGUGUAAAGCAUAAUACUGGGUCCGGUUUACUUCUUCAUAUUUAAAUAUCAGACUAGUCUAUUAGAAUUGAUGUCUAAUUUGACAUCCUAUUUAGGCAACUUAAACGAAAACGUUCCAGCUUUUGAA